AUGAAUACACCUCCCACGACUGCUAUUCAUCACACUCAAAGUCCACCAUCAGAAGACAUGCUGAGACCUGGAGGAUUGCCUCCCAUCCAGCUACCACCACCUAUUGUACAUUUUUACAUUGCGCCUCCGCCAAUAUCACCAUAUCAAAACUGGCCAUUGCAAUCCUCAACAUCUACACCACCCAGUCCACGCACAUCCAGCCCAUCCAAAACAAACAUCAAAGAAAACAAUAGAAGGCUAUCGCACAGUGCUGUGGAAAAGAGAAGAAGAGAGAAGAUGAAUGAUAAAAUUGAGAGGCUAAAGACGCUGAUCCCAUCUUGUAAAUCCCAAUUUCCAACCACUGUACAACAACCCAUUCAUAAAUUGAGCGUCCUCCAAGCAGCCAUUGAUUACAUCCAAGAGUUGCACGAUCAGCUAGAGGCUAACUUACCCCAAGACGAUCCCAUUUUAAAGAGCUUAUCUGUAGUUACUAUGAAAAAGAACAAAUCGCAAUAA